UUUCAUGGAAUUCAUCUUUCAACCAAACAGCUGCUAAAACCACCUCCUCAUCCUCCCGCGAGUAGAGGAGUUCUACUUUCUCCGACGGGCGAUCCAUAUUGCCACAGAGCCACUUGCAGUGGAAAUCGUCCUCGCUGGUGGUUUGGAUGGAGAAGAUGGAUGCAUCCAAGCCAGAGCUGUGGGAGCUUGCCCACGAGAAGAAGCGCAUCAAGAACCCUCUCGUCCCUAUCGGUGCACUUCUCACUGCCGGCGUUCUAACAGCCGGCCUGAUAAGUUUUCGGCAAGGAAAUUCCCAGCUGGGCCAAAAGCUGAUGAGAGCUCGCGUGGUGUUUCAGGGAGCAACUGUUGCUGUAAUGGUGGGCAGUGCAGCUUACUAUGGAGAACAAAUUAAUUGGUUCAAAAAGAAAAAGGAUUAAUUUAUUAGAAAAAAAAAAAAAGAUUACACCGAUACUGCUGUACUCGGAUUCUAUUUUUCCUUUUGUUCUCUUUAACCUGUUCUGAGUAGAAAGGAAAAUCAAUUAUUUCAAUGUUAUUUAAAAAUAUCAUAAUGCUCUUCUGGUUUUUCUGCCAAAACAAAAUAAAAGU